AAUUAACUAGUUACGUCUUCAUCUUCUCACGAUGUCCAAUCCACAAGAAGACGACUUAGUGCCCGAAUCCAUCGAAGGUUACGUUGUCGGCGAAAAAAAGACCAUUGAGGAAUACACAAACCUUGAUGCUGAAGAUGAAAGUUUGGCUAAAUGGAAAGCUUCCUUGGGAUUAACUGCUGAUGGUAACGCGUACCCUGUAAAGGCUGGUGACAAAAGAAAAGUGGUGAUCGUCCAGAUGUCUUUGACGUUCCCAGACGAACCGGAGUUGAAGCCCAUCGUGAUAGAUUUGGAAGAUUCCCAAGGAAACACGUUGAACAAGGAGAUAAAGUUCAGUAUCAAGGAGAAAUCCGUCUAUCAAUUGAACAUCCAAUUUCGAGUCCAACACGAAAUAAUCACUGGGUUGAAGUACUUGCACUCGGUGAAGAAGGCCGGGAUCCGGGUCGACAAGUUGGAAGAGCCAUUGGGGUCUUACGCGCCAAACACCACCGAUAAGCCUUAUUAUGAGCGUAGUUUCCCGGAGGUGGAAGCUCCUUCAGGAAUGUUGGCCAGGGGAAGUUACUCAGCCACCACAAAGUUUGUGGAUGAUGACAAGACCACACACUUGAGCUUUCCUUGGUCUUUUCAGAUCACUAAGUAGGUUCAUAAAAUAAAGGAUUUAGUUAACAUCUCAUUGAUCAAAGUC